AGUCCGUUUUUAACCAUCGGAAAAGGAAAAGGAGAAGGAAAAGCCCAUUUAGUUAUGUCUUCUUUGUGAAGGGCCCUGAACUGCAAAUUCACUGCUAUUUCAUGGCAGAUCGCUUUCCCCAAACCGCCAUCGUCUCCUUUCACAUAAUUAGCUUCACCAUACGAUUCAUUAGAACCCCAAUAGAAUUAAAAAAAAAAAAAAAAAAAGAGACUUUUUCUUUGUCUCAGAAAUGACAGUUUCAGUUCACCUGAUUCUGGCAAGAUUGCCUGUAAAGUCCCUUUUUAAAGCAAAAACUGUCUGCAAACUUUGGUAUAGAUUAGCAUCGGACAAGUAUUUUAUAAGACUUUAUAAUGAGGUGUCUGGUAAGAACCCAAUGGUGCUGGUUGAGAUUUCGGAUUCAACAGAAUCGAAAUCAAGCUUGAUUUGUGUUGAUAACUUGAGGGGUGUCUCUGAAUUUUCGUUGGAUUUCUUGAAAGAUAGAGUCAAGGUUAGAGCAUCAUGUAAUGGCUUAUUGUGUUGCUCUAGCAUUCCUGAUAAGGGUGUUUUCUACGUUUGUAACCCUAUGACUAGAGAGUUUAAGUUGCUUCCUAAGAGUAGAGGGAGGCCUGUCACGCGGUUUUAUCCUGAUGGGGAAGCCAUGCUUGUUGGUUUAGCAUGUGAUUUAUCACGGAAUAAGUUUAAUGUUGUGUUAGCGGGGCAUCAUCGCACAUUUGGUCAUAGACCUGAUGGGACUUUCAUAUGUUUGAUAUUUGAUUCCGAUUCGAAUAAGUGGAGGAAGUUUCUUUCAUUUCAAGAAGAUCAUUUCACCCAUAUGAACAAGAAUCAAGUUGUAUUUGUUAAUGGUGCCCUUCAUUGGUUAACUGCUAGUUGUUCCUAUAUACUUGCACUUGAUUUGGAUUAUGAGAUAUGGAGGAAGAUUUCAUUGCCUGAUGAAGUGAGUUAUAGGACUGGGAAUAGAGUUUAUUUGUUGGAGUCCAGUGGGUGCUUAUCUUUGAUUCAGAUUUCAGAUGCAUGGAUGAAGAUUUGGGUAAUGAAAGACUAUGAGAGAGAACUGUGGCAUAUUGUGGAUAGGGUGAGUCUUAGAUGCAUUAGGGGACUAGUACCUGGCAUUUUCCCUAUCACUCAAACUGGUGAGUAUGUCUUUUUGGCAACCCACAAGCAGGUCUUAGUAUACCAUCAGAGGAGUAGAGUGUGGAAGGAGAUGUACUCUGUGAAAAACAGUGCUACUUGUCCAUUGUGGUUCUCAGCUCAUGCAUUUCAGAGCACAAUCUUCCCUUGUGAUUUAGGUUUGGUAAACAUAUAAUGAAUUAUUGUACAUAAAUAACUCAUUUUAAACAUUGUGGCUUGUACAUUUGUGAUUUUUAAGCUCUUUCUUUAUCAUUUAAAAUUUAUUGUAUGCAAUUAUUCAUACGAACGAUUUAUUAAGCAGAGUAUGCUUGUGGUUCUGAAAUUUGUACUUUUGUUGGCAAAAGUUAUGGUCAUAGGUUAUUAAGUAUAACCUUUAUUUAGUAUUCAGCUAAUUGCUGGUAGUGGGACAAAUUCAUGACAUGGUUCUGAGUGUUUGAAGCAUUUUAACUGCAUUUUGGCUGACCAUCACAAUUAAUCAAAGCUUGGUUAAUUGUAGUAUUUGUUGAAAUCAUAUCAUCUCAGUUCAACCCAACAAAGAUAAAUGCCUACAAAAAGUUAUGGAUUUCAGCAUUGUUUCCUCAUCCAGGUUUCAUUGCCUUGAAAACCUGUUCCAGAAUUGUUUUCUUGUUGAAUGCUAGAAUGUUUUCUUCUCCAGAAAGCAAAAUCAGAUCACAUCAUCACCAUUAAUUCCUAUCUUUUUAGUCAUUUUCGUACCAUUUUUACAGAGUAGAUAUGGGGUCAAAAGUUGUGCAUGUUACUUUUUCCCUUUUCUCCUCUAUCUUGAAGCUUGGAAAUGAAGUGGAUAUGUUAUGAAGUGAUGCCUUUAGCUUUCUGCAUGAAAAUGCUUUAUAUGUUUGGAUAAUUGAAUGGAAUGUAGUAUGUGGAACUUAUUGCUGGAAUGGUUUGGUUUUAGUUAGAUGGAAUCAAUCAUAAACAAAAUUCAAGGAUGCAAACACCAUUUCUCUUCAAUUUCUUUCCUUCUUUUGAAGUUCAAAUGCAGUAACGAUUCAUCAACACAUUAAACAUCAAUUAUAUGCCAAACUUGGACGGUGACAGCAAUGACAGAGG